CAGGUGUGUGCCACCACGGAAUUUUCAAAUGGGGUAGCGUAGGGCCCACCAAAGCAACAGCAUCAUUAGGAAAUGGACGCUCCUCCUUGCUCCUCUUCUUCUGUGACAUGGUCUCUCCUCCUUGUCUUGGGGCACUGCCAUGGCUAACCAAGCUGAAUCAUCUAAAACCAGCAAAUGGAGUAAGAUGUCGCUGGAAGGAGAAUACAGUUCACUGUUCCAGGUCUUCCAUUGUUUGUGGGUCCCUCCAAGAAUAAUGAUCAUCUGUCUUAUUCUCCUCGAGUUCGUUGGCUUUAGCAACUCUUCUGCUCUACCCGAUGUUGAAGGUGAAGCUUUAACUGAACUCAUGAAAGCACUAAAUGAUUCUGGCAAAAGAAUUAAUUGGGAUACUUUUACUGUCGACCCAUGCUAUAGUUGGUCUCAUGUCACUUGUGGGAAUGGACAUGUUAUAACUCUGAGUCUGGCAUCAAAUGGCUUUUCAGGAACUCUGUCGCCUUCAAUUACAAAGUUGAAGUUUUUGAUCAGCUUGGAAUUGCAGAACAAUCAUCUGUCCGGUACACUACCAGAUUACCUCAGCAGUAUGGAACACCUGCAGUACCUGAAUCUGGCCAACAAUAGUUUUAGCGGGCCUAUACCUUCUUCUUGGGGUCGACUUUCCAACCUCAAGCAUUUGGUAAUAAGCAAGAAUGACCUAAGUGGAGAAAUUCCAGAUUCAAUUACAAAUAUUACAGGGUUAAUAGAAGUGGAUCUUUCUUCCAAUGAUUUUAUUGGGAGAAUUCCGACAAAACUAUUUUCAGUUCCCACAUAUAAUUUUACAGGAACUCGUCUUGCUUGUGGGUCUAACUUGCAACAACCUUGUGCAUCAAGUUCCUCAAGACCAGGUUCAGUUAGGAAGUCAAAACUAGUAGUUGUGGUUGGUAGUGCUGUUGGUGGGGCAUUGCUAGUUUUGUCCAUUGGGGCUAUUAUUGUAUACUGGUACCGCCGAAUGCAUCCGCUAGAACAUGACGUCUUCGUUGAUGUUUCUGGUGAAGACGAAUGCAAAAUUUUCUUCGGCCAAUUAAGAAGGUUUUCAUGGCGUGAGCUGCAACUUGCAACCGACAAUUUCAGUGAAAGCAAUGUAAUUGGACAAGGGGGCUUUGGAAAAGUUUACAAGGGCACUCUUUCAGACAAUACAAAGGUUGCUGUGAAACGUCUAACUGACUAUUAUAAUCCUGGUGGGGAGGCUGCAUUCUUGAGAGAAGUUGAGCUGAUAAGUGUAGCAGUUCAUCGGAAUCUACUACGGCUGAUAGGACUCUGUACCACCCCUUCGGAGAGAAUUCUCGUUUAUCCAUUCAUGCAAAAUCUCAGUGUUGCAUAUCGUUUACGAGAUUUAAAACCUGGUGAGAAAGGUCUGGACUGGCCCACAAGAAAACGAGUGGCUUUUGGCGUAGCCCAUGGGCUGGAAUAUCUGCAUGAGCACUGCAAUCCUAAGAUCAUACACCGUGAUUUGAAAGCGGCUAACAUCCUGCUAGAUGAUGAUUUUGAAGCAGUCCUUGGGGAUUUUGGACUGGCAAAGCUGGUUGACACGAAAUUGACCCAUGUUACGACCCAGAUCCGUGGAACCAUGGGACAUAUUGCACCAGAGUAUCUAUCCACUGGGAAAUCAUCAGAGAAGACGGACGUAUUUGGAUAUGGCAUUACGCUUCUUGAACUUGUGACUGGUCAACGUGCAAUAGAUUUUUCACGUCUCGAAGAGGAGGAGGAUGUCCUACUGCUUGAUCAUAUAAAAAAGCUACUGAGGGAGAACAGGCUCCAUGACAUUGUCGACAACAAUUUGAAGCAAAACUACAAUCCCAAAGAAGUCGAGGUGAUCGUCCAGGUGGCCUUGCUAUGUACUCAAGGCUCGCCCGAGGACCGGCCAAAGAUGAGAGAAGUGGUGAGCAUGCUGCAAGGAGAGGGGCUGGCUGAGCGGUGGGCCGAAUGGGAGCAGCUCGAAGUGAUCCGCCAUCAAGAGUAUUCGACCUUCUCCCACCACUUGGACUGGGCCGAAGAUUCAACGUACAACAAAGAAGCCAUACAGUUGUCUGCAGCAAGGUAGGUAGAGAGCUAAUCCUAAGUAACAGCAAAGUAAGUGAUCUGGUCAGUUGCAUUUACCUGUAAAUAGAGUGGUAUUGGCUAAUGCGCAACUAAAAAAGAAUGUAGUGUUGCUGUCGAUUUCGAGUUCUGCUGCAUUAUGUUUUCAAGGAUGUUGUAUAUCUAAAGGCACUCGAAGAUGGAUUUGCUGUAUUAACAAGGAAUAGUUAAGUUUGCUUA